ACCCCGCUCCCGGGUACGGGGCGCGAGGAGGGACAAAUCUCCCCGGGCGCCUCCCUCGUAACCAGGGCAACGGGGCCUUCUCCACCCCUCCUCGCCGGCCGCUGCCUUUCCUCUACGCCCGGGGCCUGUGGAGAGAGGCGGCGGGCCUCGAGCGUCUUCAGUCCCGCGCGAGGUCUGUGGAGAUCUGUUGGAGAGGACAGAACAGCGAUGGAAUCUCUGUCUUCAGAGGUAGAAAUCUGAAGAAGGAAACUUCAGGAACCUUUUCCUCAUGCCAUGGAUCUGAAUAAAUUGGGGUGUGAAUUAGCAGAGAUGUAUCCAGGUCCAGCUGAAAGCCGGAACGCAUAUGUGUGGUGUUGGUUCUGUCAUGUUAGCCCUCGGUGUGGAAAAUGCUCUCAUGCAAGGUGAUCUUGCCCAGACUGACCUUUGUGGCCAAGGUCACAUUGGAAGAGGUUCUGCAGAAGCUGCUUUGUUCAGAAAGGUGUUUGUUUCUGUUCCUGAUUUUCUGCUCCAAGCAGUGUUGUCCUAUGCAAAGGCUUGUGGCACCUGUUGCUGCUAUGGGAUGAUUCUUCACCUCUGAUGGUACUAGAGGCCCUGAGUUUCUUUUAAAGGAAAAGAAGGUGGACUCCACUGUUGGUUGGUUUCUGCGCUUGACACCCAUCUUCGUGUGGGUCUUAAUGGUGAGAAACGUGUGUGUGUCUCCCCCUCCCCCCCAUGUAUGCCUAUGCGCCGCUUUCGGUUUAGACUGAUGGAAGCCAUGCCGUGAGAGCAGCCACAACGCAAGGACAGCCAUGACGGAACCCCACAGGGUCCAGCUCACGUCUCUGCCAGGGCCGCUGAGCACCACUUUGCUGAAGAAACCUCGCCGGGAGGACAUCGCAGGAGCAGAGCACCCCCAGGAAUCUGAGCCGGCGGCUGCGGCCGUUCGCAUCACCCUCACCCUCUUUGAGCCGGAUCACAAGCGCUGCCCUGAAUUCUUUUAUCCCGAACUGCUGAAGAAUACGCGUGGAAAAGGGAAAAGCAGUUCCACAGGAGAAAAGAAAAAAGACCUUGCUGAUCCCUUCAAUGAUGAGGAAAAGGAGAGGCACAAAGCAGAAGCGCUUGCCAGGAAAUUUGAAGAGAAAUAUGGAGGAAAGAAGCGCAGAAAAGACCGUGUUCAGGAUUUAAUCGAUAUGGGAUACGGAUAUGAUGAAUCGGAUUCCUUCAUUGACAAUUCCGAAGCGUAUGAUGAACUCGUUCCAGCUUCUCUAACAACCAAGUAUGGAGGCUUUUACAUCAACUCAGGAACUCUACAGUUCCGACAGGCAUCCGAGUCGGAGGAUGAUUUUAUUAAAGAGAAAAAGAAGAAAUCUCCUAAGAAACGGAAGUUGAAAGAAGGAGGGGAAAAGAUGAAGAAAAAGAAAAAAGACGAUUCUUACGACAAGGAGAAGAAAUCUAAGAAGUCCAAGUUCCCCAAAACUGGUUUCACCGCCCUGAACGCAAGCAAGGAGAAGAAGAAAAAGAAAUACUCGGGGGCCCUGAGCGUCAAGGAGAUGCUGAAGAAAUUCCAGAAGGAAAAAGAAGCUCAGAAGAAGCGGGACGAUGAACCCAAGCUCUCCGCCCCCUCCCUGGUGGAAACCCCAGCUCCACGGGAAGUGGAGACCCUCUCCGACCCUCUCCUCUCCUCCCUCUUUGGCCAUGCCAGUGACAAUGAAUUGCUUCAGGCAGCCACCGCCAUGGACUCCCUGACCGAUCUCGACUUGGAACAGCUCUUCAACGAAUCUCCAGAAGAAAGCCCUUUCCCCGACAUGGAGGAUGGGAGCGACCCCCUCGGCAUGGGCCUGGAGCAGGACGUCAAGCAGCCCCUUGCCCUCCCCGAAGGGCUUCCGGGGCCGCUGGAGAAGCGCAUUGAGGAGCUGACUCAGGCUGCCCGGGCUGCAGAGGGGGAAAGCAAGCACAAGUUCUUCAACCAGGACAUCAACAGCAUCUUACUAGACAUUGAGCUGCAAACCCGGGAACUGAACAGCCAGAUCCGCUCUGGGGUGUACGCCCACCUGGCCUCCUUCCUGCCCUGCAACAAAGACACCCUGGUCAAGCGUGCCCGCAGGCUCUACCUCUGUGAGCAGGGGGGUCGGCUGAAGGAACCCCUUCAGAAGUUAAAGGAAGCCGUUGGCAGAGCAAUGCCGGAACAGAUGGCCAAAUACCAGGAGGAGUGCCAGGCACACACCCAAGCCAAGUUUGCCAAGAUGCUGGAGGAGGAGAAGGACAAGGAGCAAAGGGAGCGGGUUUGUUCCGAGGACGAAGAGGAUGACGACAAAGGAGGGAAGCGGAUCAUGGGGCCCCGGAAGAAAUUUCAGUGGAACGACGAAAUCAGGGAUUUGCUCUGCCAGGUGGUGAAGAUCAAACUUGAUGGGUACGAACUGGAGAAGAACAAGGCCCAGUCAAUGGAGGAUUAUGUGAAGACCUUCCUGGAUACUGAAGUCAAACCUCUUUGGCCAAAGGGAUGGAUGCAAUCCAGGACGCUUUUCAAGGAAAGCAGGCGAGUGCACGGGCACCUCACAUCGCUCCUAGCAAAGAAGAGAGUCAUGGCUCCUCCCAAGGUGAAGGGCAAGGAGCACUCUGGGAAGCCAGAGAAGAAGAUGCCCCUUGCUGUGUCGUUCCUCCACUCGAGUAGCGCAGCCUCCCUUUCUCCUGAGCCGCAGGGAGUGACGGUUGGCCUCAGCCCGCAAACCCGGGAGCUCUUGGCCAUGAGCUCAACCCCAGUGUCGAGCGGUGUGGCUCCCCCAGCCUCCUUCAGUCUGGACGACUCUCUGGAUGAAGACCUGAUCCACAACGCCACCUCUUCCUUGGAAGCCGUCUCCAAGGAGCUGGCUGCGCUGAACAGCCGGACCGGGGGCAGUCCGGACUUCACCCUGCCCGCCAUCCUGAAGACGCCUCCGGAGAAGCCCCCGGUCCAAGCGAGCCUGGAAGAGAAGAGAAGCUUCUCCAAGCUGAGCCCUUCGCCCGCCCCGUCACCCGCUGGCAGUGCUCUGCAGUCCCCUCUCAACUUCCUGGCCGAGCAGGCCUUGGCGCUUGGCCAGCCCCCUCCAGACAAAAAGUCCGAGAGCUCUGCUUACAAAGAGCUCUCCUGCCAGACCCUCCCCAGCAAACCCGUGGAGACCCACCCGUCCAAACAGAAGCAUCACAGCCUUGCACGCACCGUUCACGGGCCCCAGACGUCGACCCCGGUGCCAGUCCCCCAGCCGAAGGGGUUUCCUCUGGCCGGUCAGCCGUCAAAAUUCCCCCCUUCCCCUCCCUUUGUCAAGCUGCAGAGCCCCAAAGCCAUUUCCCCACUGCCCCCGCGCCCUGUCCUCCAGCAGCCGGCCAAGCCGCCCGCCAAGGCCCCCAGCUUCCACUCUUCGUCAUCGUCGUCCUCUUCUUUGGCUGCCUCCCCAGCAUCCAGCAGCUCCCACAAGACUCCCAAUUCCUCUUCGGCCUCCCUGAGCUACACAACGAAGCAUCCGGGCAGCUCACUGGGGCUGUCCUUCAAGUCGCCCUUCGUGGCCCUUUCCAGGCACAUGGCUUCCUCCAGCGGCUCCACGCCCAGCGUGUCGGCCAACCAGAGCUGCUCUUCCUCCUCCUCCUCCUCUUCCUCCUCGGGCGCCCUGCUGCCAGGCGCGUCCCUCUCCUCCCCUGGGCAGGCUCCCAGCCGCUCGUCUCCCAGUUCCCUGGCGAAGAAGACGCUGGUCUCCCAGAAGCUGACCUUGGUGGCUCCGCCGGGGGGUCCGAACGUCAGCUCGAGUGGUGGGACCCAAGGGGUAGCCAAGCUGCUGACGUCCUCCCUCAAGCCAGCUGUGGUCAGCAACACUGCCGCCUCUACCUCGGUGCCAAAAGGAGCCGGCGGAGCGGUGCUGCUAACCAGCUCGUCUUCCUUGAACGUCCUGUCUCCACCCUACAAGCCCGGCAACCCAAAGCUGCCUGCAGCCCUGAGCUCCACCCCGCUGGGGAUUAUCUCGCCGAUCCAUUCCUUCCCUCUCCACGUGAUCUCCUUCAGCUCCGAAUCCUCCCCCAAGGCUGGGGUGUCCAAGGACGCCAUUGUCACGGGACCAGCCCCAGGGACUUUCCACCACGGCCUCAGCCACAGUCUUUUGGCAGGCUUGCCCUCCAGCCUGCUCCAGGCAGCUCCCCUCCCACACUCUGCUCCGCCUGCCCAUUUAUCACACACCUUGCCAGACACUUCCCAGCUUCACGGGAAAGGGUCCAGUGUGCCGCCGCGCAAGUUAUGACUGCUCUGAAGGAGAGAGCCCUGCCAGCCCUGAUGGGGACCUGCCGGAUGCAGCGACAGCAACGGGGUCUCUCCCCCCACCUUCCAUCUUUCCCUUCUGAACGGAGCCUACUUGGAGGCUCUCCCCCGCUUUGGACCAGCAGCUUUCAGUGGGCAUCAUCCGUGCCCCGCCUGGAGAAAGGAAGCACUUACCGGCACAGCUCUGGCCGCUGCUUUCCCAUCAUCUUCCCCACCAGCUCUGGGUAGGUCACUUGAAGCCAAGCACCUCCCCAGCCCAGCGACCCCCUCCUCUUCCGUUUCUGCAGUGGAUCCUGUGAAGGUGCUCUUCGGUGGCGGCGUACUUGCCUGGCUUCAGCCCGGCAAAAGGGAGAAACUCAGCCGAGUUCCUCAGCCCCUGUAAUGAAGUUGUGCUCAUGUUGCCCGGAAGAGCAACCUCUUUUGGCAGCUUCUGUAAAGUCAGUCAGCCCUGGGGUCCUCCCCGAAGGACAGUGGGGACUCGAGAGGCCCCGGGAUGCACUCAUGGACAUUGGACUGGAUUUUGUAACCUUUUUUUUUUUUUUUGCUUCCCUGCCCCAUCCCCCCACCCCACCGUGACCAUUGGAUGCAUUGGAUUGGACAGGAGGCCCUUUCCCGCAUGUCGUGGUGUCGAGCGAAGCCGUGAUUCCAGUGCCUUUUAUGGUGGAGCAAGAGUGCAGAACAUUUCGAGCCCCUUUAAUUUUAUGGUGGUGAUCGUUGUUUUUGUUUUUUAAAAUGGAUCUUUAUUUAAGAUGCAUCCGGUUUUAUUUAAUAGAGCUUUUUUCCGGGGGGCGGGGGGGGGGGCACCGAACUCUCCAGAUUUAACCUCGAGAUCCGGCUCCUGCCGAGUUCCGUCCCCGGUCCCUACUGACCCUAAAGCUGUUGCUCCUGACCCAGAGCUCGGCAGGCAGCCCAGGUCAAGGGCACUCCCUGCUUUGCUCAGCAGGCGAAAGGAGCUUCAUGGGCUUCAUGCCCAGGCAGAUGUGGCCGGGCUAACUUCUCUGCAGAGCGAAAGGGGAAACGGUGACCCUUGCCCACAUGGGCAUGCCGUGCUUGCAUCUGGGGGGCCCAUGGGUCAGGGCAGCAGGGGCCAGCCCUCCAGGGCCCUUUGCUUUUCAGUGGCUGGAAACGGGGUGAGGUCUUCUUCCUUCCAGUGGUGCUUGCACAAGAGACUUCCUUGCCGGGUUCUGCUCCCUCUUUCUUAAGAUGCGGGGCUGAAGGGAGCCGCGUGACCAGGAUCACUGAUGCUCCUCUCUGCUGGCUGGCAGAAAUGAUGCUCCAGAGCUGGUUGAGCAGCCUGGCUUGUUUGAAGGCAAGCAGCUGACCCCCACCACACCAUGCAGGGGCCACCUCUAGGGCAGAGCUACAUCACUAGAAGCAGGGCAGAGGCCAUGGGGUGGGUGGAAGACCCAGCAACCGGUGUGCUUCAAUUUUCCCUUCCACCUGAACACUCUCCCCACACACCCCGUGACACAGGAUUGCUGGGCUAAAAACCUCAGGAGUUGCUCCCCUGCUUGCUUGUGGGCUGGGUGUGACCCCUGGGCUGCCAGGACCUUGCCACUCUCAUUCCUCUUGUGGAAAACCAAGCAAGCGAGAAACGGGAAGCAACGGCCCUGAAUGAAGGGCUCUUUCUCAUCAUAAGCGACAUGGCUCCUCUCCGUUCUGAGGAUGUGCCCUUUCCCCUUGCAAGCUGGCCGGUUUCUUCUUCAGGAACCGAAAGCACUUGAUCCAAAAAUAAUGUUUAACUCCAGGCUUUGUUUAAAAAAUAAAAAUAAAAUCCUCAAGAGCUCUGUUUUUAGAUUGGGGGCCUCCAAACCACUUCCGGAGAUCAGCCCUUUCCUCCGACAAGGCCCACUUUGGAUUCUGAGUCAAUCUUGGCAAAAACGCUCGACAGUUUUGUAUUUCUAGCAAGACGCAUUGGAGAAUUUCAGAACUUGUCGACCACAAUCAAGUUGUUUCCUUUUUUAAAUUCUAGUUUGUAGCAAAAGAGCCAAAGACCAAAUUUCAAAGUUGCUAGUUUUGAAGCACAGCCAUGUUAAUAGAUGGGACUUUCCUUUUAAGCGUUUGGGUACCCCCGCCCCUUUUAUUUUAUUUUUUAAAAAUCAAGGCUCAGUCCUGCUGUGUGCUGGUUAUGUCUUGAGAGCAGCUUGACCUUGGUUGGCACUAGUGCUCAGCACUCGACAGGAUUCAGGCCUUUCCUGAGCUACCCAUAACUCCCCCCCACAACACAUUCUCACUCAAAAGCUUCUGCUGCCGUGUAUCUGUACAGGCCAUAGUUGCAGCAGAACCCCCUUAUUUUCAAAAGAAAACGUCAUAAAGCCUCUUGCCUCAGGGAAAUGUUAUGUGGUGGAAAUCCUGUGAGAUUUCUUCCCCCUGCCCCUGGUUUUUUUCUUUCUUUCUUUCCCCUUAUUCUGUUUUGUGUUCUCAAGAAGUGAGAGAACUUAAUCAAAUGUUGCCCUGGCGUUGUGUGUGUGUUUGAGUGUGUGUGUGUGUGUGAGAGAGAGAGAGAGAGUGUGUGUGUGUACGUACUAGAGCAGAGUACAUGGGGUCUCUGCCUUGGUUUAGACCCUUGGGGGGGGAGACGUUGUUUACGGUGGGCGUGCGCGCCACCUGAUGGCACUUAAACUUAGAAGAGCAGUUUCUUUUUUUCUGUGGGAAGAGCUGCGAUUUAUUUUUGUGUGUGUGGGAGUGGGAGGGCAAGGGGAAGGGGUCUUUCUAGGUACUGCGGAGGGUGGAAGUGGCAUUUAAAAAUGGUUUAAUCUUGUAUACAGCAAUGGAAUAAAAUUGUUUUUUCAGUUUCCAAAA